CGAGGCGGGCCGGCCCCCGGCGGGCGGAGCGGAGCGGUGCGGGAGGAGCGGGGCGCUCCGCGGCCGGCGCCCGGCGGUGAUGCUCGGGCAGCCCCCGGUGCGGGGCACGGCGGUGCCGGGCGCCCCCUAAGCAGCGGAGGCGCUGCGGUAGAGGCAGCCCCGCGCCCCCCUUCUUAUUUCUCCUCCUUCCUCCUCUUCUCCCUCCUCCUCCUCCUCCAUCCGCCGCCGCGCCACUUCCAGGGGAGGCUGGUGACAUGCGGCUGGCGCCCGGGGAGGGCUGCCCGGGGCCGUAGCGGCAGCGAGAGGCGGCGUGAGCAGCCCAGGCGAGCCGAGCCGAGCCCCCUGCGAUGACAGCCAUGAAGGAGCAGCCGGCGCACCCCGGCAGGGGGAACCCGCCGCCGCCGCAGCCCGACCAGGAACUUGGAAGUAACAGCCCUCCGCAGAGGAACUGGAAGGGAAUUGCUAUUGCGCUGCUGGUGAUUCUAGUUGUUUGUUCACUCAUCACUAUGUCUGUCAUUCUUUUAACCCCAGAUGAACUUGCAAAUUCAUCUGAAACCAGAUUGUCUUUGGAAGAUCUCUUCAGAAAAGAGUUCAUAGUUCAUAAUCCAGAAGCCAAAUGGAUUAAUGAUACAGCAGUGAUAUAUAAAAAUAGGAAUGGACACGUUAUUGAACUGAAUGUAGAAACAAAUACAACUACAUUAUUAUUGGAAAAUACAACUUUUGUAACUUUCAAAGCAUCAAGAUACUCAGUUUCACCGGACUUGAGAUUUGUUCUUCUUGCAUAUGAUAUAAAACAGGUUUUUCAUUAUUCUUUUACAGCUUCAUACGUGAUUUACAACAUACACACAAGGGAAGUUUUGGAGCUAAACCCUCCAGAAGUAGAGGAUUCAGUAUUACAGUACGCAGCAUGGGGCAUCCAAGGACAGCAACUGAUUUAUAUUUUUGAAAAUAACAUCUACUAUCAGCCUGAUGUAAAGAGUAGCUCAUUGCGCCUGACAUCUUCGGGAAAAGAAGGAAUUAUUUUUAAUGGAAUUGCAGACUGGUUAUAUGAAGAGGAACUUCUUCAUUCUCAUAUUGCCCACUGGUGGUCUCCAGAUGGUGAAAGACUAGCAUUCUUGACCAUAAAUGACUCUCUGGUGCCAAACAUGGUUAUUCCCCGGUUUACUGGAGGCCUAUAUCCAAAAGGAAAGCAGUAUCCAUACCCUAAGGCAGGUCAAACAAACCCAACAGUAAAGCUCUUUGUAGUUAAUCUGUAUGGACCAGCACAUACACUGGAACUGAUGCCACCUGACAGCUUUAAAUCAAGAGAAUAUUACAUCACCAUGGUGAAAUGGGUAAGCAACACUAAGGCUGUGGUCAGAUGGUUAAACAGACCUCAGAAUAUCUCUAUCCUUACAGUCUGCGAAACAACAACUGGGGCUUGCAGCAGGAAAUAUGAAAUGCAGUCAGACCUGUGGCUUCCUAAACAGAAUGAAGAACCAGUUUUCUCUAGGGAUGGCAGUAAAUUCUUCAUGACUGUGCCAGUGAAGCAGGGAGGCCGGGGUGAAUUUCACCACAUAGCCAUGUUUCUAGUUCAGGCUAAAAGUGAACAGAUCAGUGUGAGACACCUGACAUCAGGAAACUGGGAAGUUAUUAAAAUCCUGGCAUAUGAUGAAAAUACUCAAAAGAUUUAUUUCUUAAGCACUGAAGAAUCUCCAAGAGGAAGACAGCUGCACAGUGUGUCAACAGUGGGAUCAUUGAAUCGUCAGUGCCUCUCGUGUAACUUCCUGAAAGACCAGUGCACAUACUUCAGUGCAAAGUUUAGCCCCAUGAAUAGGCACUUUUUACUGCAUUGUAAAGGUCCAGGUGUUCCAGUCGUUAGUGUGCACAGUACAAGUAACAGUGGAAAUUUUUAUAUUUUGGAGAAUAAUGCUCUGUUGAAAGAAGCUGUUUUGAAGAAAAAGAAUUCCAGAACUGAAAUUAAAAUGCUGCACAUUGAGGAUUACGAACUCCCUUUACAGUUGUCACUGCCAAAAGAUUUCACGGAUCGAACCCAGUAUGCCCUUCUAUUAAUAAUUGAUGAAGCUCCAGGCAGCCAGUUGGUUACAGAUAAGUUUCACAUUGACUGGGACUCAGUGCUUGUCAACUCUGAUAAUGUCAUCGUAGCUCGAUUUGAUGGCAGAGGGAGUGGAUUUCAAGGCCUCAAGAUCCUACAAGAAGUCCACCGAUGCUUAGGAUCAGUGGAAGUGAAGGACCAAAUAGCAGCCGUAGAAUCAUUAUUGAAACAGCCCUUUAUUGAUCCUAAAAGACUGAGUAUAUUUGGGAAGGGUUAUGGUGGCUACAUUACAUCGAUGAUUCUAAAAUCCAGUGAACGGCUCUUCAAAUGUGGAGCUGUGGUGGCACCAAUUACAGAUAUGAAGUUGUAUGCAUCAGCAUUUUCAGAAAGAUACCUUGGUAUUCCAUCAAAAGAGGAAAAUACCUAUCAGGCAUCCAGCGUAUUACACAAUCUUCAUGGUUUAAAAGAAGCAAAUUUACUAAUAGUUCAUGGGACAGCUGAUACUAAAGUCCACUUCCAGCAUUCAGCAGAACUAAUUAAACAUCUAAUAAAAGCUGGAGUUAAUUACACUAUGCAGAUUUACCCGGAUGAAGGUCAUAACAUUGCUUCUGAGAAAAGCAAAUAUCACCUUUACAGCACAAUCCUUGGGUUUUUUAGUGCUUGUUUAAAGGAGGAGACACCAAUUUUACCACAGGAACCUGAAGAGGAUGAAUAAGGAAUCCUAUUUGUGUAGUACUGAAGGGGACUUACUUUGCGGCUCAAUAAAACCUUAAAUAAAAGUGACUGUGAGAUUGCAGAUUCUGCAGAAGCUCAAGGGCAGCUAAAGGAUAUCACAGUGGAACAGCACAUUUACAGACAAUGAGCUAAUAAACUGGAAUUCGACUACUAAGUCCAGACAUAUUACCAAGGGACAAAACCUUUGCCUUUGUGGAAGGUCAACAGUUGGUUACAGUUUCCUGGAAGAACUUAGUUUUGCAUAAGUGUAGGGUUAGUGCAUGUUUGUUAUGUUAAGCCUCACUGUUGGUUCUGUAAGUGGUUGCUCGUUUUUUAAUUUAAAUGCACAUCUUUAUUCAUCUUUGCAUAAUGCACAACCUAUCAUAAGUAUUAUGGCCACUAAUAUUUUAAAAGGUGAGCUGCCAUCUAACACUUUACUGUAAUGUUACAAUAAGUGCAAUUCUUCCGCUGUCUAUUACACAUAAGAAACCACAGAGAUAAUAAAGGGCACGAUAUUUUCUCUAGUUUCUGCUCAAAGGGGAUAUAUGGUCUAGUGCAUCAUAUAACAUUGAUAUUGAAAAUGUUUUUUUCCCCCAAUUUCAGCAUUUACUAUUAUUACCAUACCUACUAGUAACCAAUAAGGGACUUUUUGGUAGUGUGCUCUUGGUCUUUAUGUAUAUACCCAAGACUCCCUAAGCAGAAAGUCUUUCUGAGCUUGAAGAUUUUUUUUCCAACAUAAUUAACAGCUGUAUUUAAAAUAAUAUCUGCAAUUGAAAUCUUUCCCCAGUCCAAAAUGUAUCUAUUGUUUCCUUAAAAUAUGUUUGAGUUGUGUUUUGGUAUUGUUUAUAGUAGUUAAUAGUUUGCUGGUUACACUCUAAUUUUAGAAUAUGCUACUUUCUCACAUGUAAAUUAGAUACAUAAAUAUUAAAUUAUAGUUUCAGAUAAAGAAAAUUUAUUAACAAUGUAUAAUGCCAUUGAGUAAUACUUUACUCUUCAAAUGAAGAAUUAUUUUGUAUAGUGCAUGUUCCUUUUCUUCCAUCUGGUCUCCAAUUUAAUUCUUAAGUUCCUCAAGGUGGCCACGUAGUUGAAACUAUCCAUUAGUUUUUAUUCCAGGGCUGCUUAUUAAGUCUGUUGCAACAGGAUUUAGAUUCAACAGCAUCUCAAAGAGGUGAUAUGUUUUUCAUUCAAGGCAAAGGAAGAUCCUGACAAGUGAAAUUUUAUUAUUUACUCAGAGGGUGAGCCCCUCAUACAUACAUUUAUUUGCCAAGGUGAAUUACAGCAAUAGAAAUUGAAACUAUGAAAUAAACAAGGCAGCCAGUUUGGGUUUGCAGAAUAUUAACGCUGAUCACUAAAAUCAAGUGCAAUGUUGACUUAAUUUGAGGUAUCUUCCUGAAGGUAUGCGAAAACUCCUGACAGACGCUGUGCAGCUUACAUGAGAAUAGCUGUAAUUUCAUCUUUCUGGGUAUACUCCAAGUACUUUCCUACCCAAUUAAGAGUUCAUUUCUUGUAAGAUUAAAAGCAAGUAUUUUUUUGGAAGGUAAUUUACAGUAUUUAGGAUGCAAAGUUCUACAUAUUUUAUGAAGAAUGGAAAUUGUUUUUACCACAAUGAAAAAUCACCUGAAGGUUUUUAUUUGUUAUUUUCUUCCAGAAUAUUUUCUUUAACUCUUAGCAUUUAUUAUGAUGCAAAUAAUUUGACUGAAAGAUAUGGCUUUAUAGAACCCUGAAAAGUCUCUUUCUUUUAAUGUUUAGUAUUUAUCUUGUUUUAUUAGCAUUUUAAACUAUUUUUCAUUUAGUUUAAUACGGUUUUAAUGUGCAAGGAAAUCUUGUCCCAGUGUCACCACAAAAUAUGACCUUGCUCUGUGGUAUUUAUAGCACAUAUUUUGAGUACCAUGAUAAGAUCGUAAAAAAAAAGUUUCAGGCAAGUGUGCAAAAACCACAUUGGGUGUACAUGUGUUGAGUGUACAGCCAGGCUACGUGAGGAGGUUAAUUCUUAUCAACCUGCACUGGCUGUUUCACUGUGAGACAGCGUGUUCAGAUUUACCACAUUUCACAUAUAUCUCCUUUAGUUAUCUGCAAAAGCAAACAAGCAAGGCUUGUGUCUCAGCAAUAGGGUUAUGCAUGCACUCAGGAAAUAUUUUAUCUUGGAUCCAUGCCUUUGGCAGUAUAUCCCUUAUCUCUGAACCCACAGCCUAUCUCCUUUUUCCCCACACUGCUCUGUUUCAGGCCUCCAUUCCUCACUCUUUCUACACCAGCAUCUCACCUCCCAUUUUGAUCAAUUUACCUGAAUAUGAAGGUGGCAUGAGGACAUGACUUCUGUAGAAAUGUUUUUGCCAGGACUGGUAUGUUUAAAAAGUAUGUAUUAUCUGAAAUGUGGGUUAUCUAUGUGGAAAUGUGGUCUGCUUUUAAUAUAUUUAAUAUUUCUCAUGCUGUCCUACAAAUACAAUUAUUUUUAUAUAAAUGUGUAUAAAAAGGCAAGCAUCAGACCUAGAUUAAUUGGUUGUUAUGAAAUUUUGAAGUAUGAGUUAAAUUUAGGUAUUGCAAAAAGUAUUUGCAGAAUCAGCCUCUGAUUCUCUCUAGACUAAAGGAUUUGGUACAAGGUGAGGUCCAGAGCUAUCUUUACUCUUGCUAACCAGUUCAAAUGUUUCUUCCACUGCCAGCACAACUAAAUAUGGUUAUCUGUCAGACUCUACAUACACAGCAAAUAGCAGUCACUCAUUAAUUAGUCUAAGUGACCUAUAGUAUUGAUCAGGAAUUAUUACACAUUGCAGAGAAAUGGCAUGAAAUUCAUAGAUUUUUCUGUAGCUUACAGUUAAGCACUGUGAUGCUAUUUUACGUCUGAAAAACUAUUGUCUCGUUCAGCUGUCCUUACAAUGUGACACUUACUACACUAGACCUACUAAUCUAAAAACCUAGGGAAUCAGCAUAUCCAUUUACUGCUUACUAGAGCUUAUCUCUACCUUCUUGAUUUCAUCUAUCCUUUUUCUGCUGUAAGGACUUGCAAAAUCUGUGAAAGCUGUAGGUCAUAUUGAAACUUCAAUUAUAUUACAGGACCAGGAUAAAGUGUAUGUCAAUUGGAAUAUAUUUUCCAGAUUGUUGAGUACAUAAAAAGGCUGAUUAUUUUUAAAAUCAAUGUUUUAAUCUUUUUGCAGCAAAUACAGAAGUAUUAAUGACUUAA